AUGGCAAUCCAGGCAGGCUUUGCUGCUUCCUGCGCUGCCACCAUGUGCGACGCGAGCCAACCGCCGCAGGUACGUGACCGGCUUAAGUGCAAACAGCUGCGCGAGCUAGAGAGCAAGAAGAAGUUCAGCCACUGGUUGUUUGGAGGCAAUUUUGCUGCAGUGGCACCACAGCUCCUCGCCCUUUGCCGUCGACCAGAUGUCACCCCGGAGCUUCUCUCUUGCUUCGGGCAGAUUGCGGAGCAGUGGCAGUGCUCGGGCGCAGGCUUGCUGCCGGGCAGCGCAGAGCUCACGAAGGCCACGCUGAGCUUCCUCUCACCCACAACGCCCGCCCCGCUGCGGGGUGCUGCGGCAGAGGCUCUUUGCUUGCUGGUCCCAGUCUCAGUGGGCGCCACAAAAGAGGCGGCUGGCGAGGUGUUUUCCGCCGCCUUGGCAGCGGGCACCGGCGAAGCCGAGCUUCGCUUGCUGGGCGUCGCUGCCUGCGAGUUCUACGAGGCCCUCGGCACCCCCCAGCUCCAGCAGAUGGUCGAUCUUUGCCGCGGCACUCUCCGCGGGACUGGCGAGGCCUCGCAAGUGCAAGCCGUGGAGCUCUGGGCGGCCUGGUCCUAUGAGCAGGUCCCGGUACAAUAUGCGGAAAUGGGAAUCGAGGCACUGAAGGAGACUUUGGCAGCCUACGAGCUGUACCUGCUGGAUGGCAAGCAAAGCGACCAGUGUCGAGGUCUUUUGCAGCAAGCUUUGCCCAACUUGAUGCCGCUGUUGCUUGAGGCGCUUCAGGCCAGGCCAAGCACGUGGCAGUCCGGCUCCUGGGAUCCGGAGGAGGAUGCCUCACCAGUGCAGGAGGCCGCCUGCGGUGCCGUGACCGUGGCGAAGGCCAGAAUCACCACGACUUCUACGCCUUUUUACAGGGGAUUGGAGCUACUGGACACCAUGAAUGCCACGUUUAUUUGCAGGCUUUCGCCGCACUCAACAAAGACAAACGGUCAGGUCACAGGAGAUGCCUGCGUUGGCCCCAUCUUGCAGUUUGCCUCAGCCGCCAUGUCCUCCCAGGAUGCCCCGGAAGGGAAAUCGGUGACGGGAGUGUGGGAUACUUUGCAGAGUGUUGGAAAACUUGUUGGAAAGGAAGCAGAUGAGUGGCAGCGGCGAUCUGCGCUGCUUGCCUUCGGCGCUAUCCAGGAUGGACCAAGCGCCCAGGCCUUGCGCCCUUUUGUGGCCUCUGCGUUGCCGAAACUCUUGGAGGCCCUGAGAAGCCAUCCGGUGCCUGAAGCUUCUGCUGCUGCCUGGACGUUGGGCAGGGUGCUGGACAAGAACCCAGGAUCUGUGGCAGAUGAAGCUCAGGCUGUGCUCUUCGAUGCUGCGCUGCAUCGACUGCGUGCGGAGGCCGCCCUGGCCGAGGAGCUUUGUUAUUGCCUCGACGGCCUCGUCGACCAGCAGGUUCGAAUUCUGUCUGACAGGUGGAGCUACGACAGCAGGCUUGGCAGCGAGGUCGGGACUCCUCUGACCGAGAAGUUGCACUGGCGUGCCGAGCUAGGACUGUCUACGAGCCUCGAGCAAGCUCUGUACUUUUGGGUCCGUUGCUCGUUUGAAAGCCGCAUUGCGACCGAUCCAGAGGAGUGCCUUCCGCAGAUGGAAUCGCUCCUGGACGAAGUACUCAAACAGGCAAGGGAGGCGGAGCUUGAAGAAGUUGGCGGGGCAGCAGCCCGGGGUUUGUUUUGCUGCCUGCGAGUGCUCAUCGUUCGCCUGGGUCCGUGA